AUGUCGGCCCCUUGGAGAUGUCGAGUAUGUUCUCAGAACAACAAGAGCUCGGCGGCCUACUGCCCUACGUGCGGAGGCUACUGGAGCAAGGUGAUGGAUCGGCAAGGCGCCAGACCAUCACAACCACCAGAACGCCAUCGAGACGAGGCCUGGUGGCAACCCAAGGGGAACCAGAAAGGGGACCAGCAGCGUGGCAAGUCGCCGCGGACAAGAAGGCCGCGAUCACCCCGCCAGCGAGGCAAGGGAGGACAGCAGCCAAGCCAGCAGCGGCCAGAAGCGACGACCACGGCGGUACCUACUACAGCACAGCUGCCGAGACCUCCCAAGGCCAAGGCAGUGCCCACCCCCAAGGAGGUGAGUGGUGGCGCUACGGAGCCUACGGCGGAGUGCCAGGUGCUGAACCAGCUCAUCGAGCAGCUGGGACAGGCGCAGGAGUUGCCGGAUGGGGUUCGUGCACUCAUGGCGCAGAUCGGCCAAACCACAGCUCGGACAGAAGCCCGAACACUACAUCGCCUGGUCACGCAACUUGCUGAUCCAGUAUCCUGGUUGGAUGACAUCGCGGUACUGCUCCAAUCCCAAUCCGCCAAGGCGGCAGCUACAGAUGCCGCUAGGGCGACCGCGCUCAUUUACCAGUAUCUGAGUUUGAUCGGAGUUGGCCUCAACCUUGACCAAGGUAAGACCGAGGCCAUUGUGUCCUGGCAUGGUCCUGGGGCUCACGAUGCCAAGGUGCAAGUCAUGCAAAAGGGAGCCGGCAGUGUCCCGAUUUGUGUCCCAGGAUGCACCGGGCUCCUCCUGCGGUGUGUUCUACACUACGAACACCUAGGCAGCUUGCGCACGGAUGGGGGAGACAUUGGGCCUGCUGUUGAACACCGCCAUCGCGAGGCCAGAAGCGUCUACCGGGCUGUCAAGACCCGUUUACUGCCUAACCCCAAUUUGACCUUGGCCGAACGCCAGUCCAUGAUCCAUGCCCUCAUCCUGAGUCGAUUCCUGCAUGGAGCUGGUACAUGGCUUUUUGGAAGCACUGAGUCGUGGGAAAGUUAUGUCGCCCGCUAUGUUGGACUACUCCGAGGAGCUAUACGGCCGCUCCAUGGUUGCUCCAGUGGGCGCUUGAGCCAGCCCGAGCUCUGCGCACUCACGCGUGCCCUCCUCCCGGAGGAGGUUUUGGCAGUAAGCCGGGUCAGGCUGCUGGCCUGCAUCGCCCACCGUGGUGGCCGUUUUGCGAGGCUGCAGUUUGCGCAUCAUGGAGCAUGGAUCCUCCAGUUGCGCUCUGAUGUAGCACUCGUUGCACGCGUCACUGAGGACACUGCGCUAAAAGCAUACGCAGAGGCCGAUCUCGAUGCGGCGGCGUGGAUUGACGCGUGGCCUUUCAACCAAGGUGGCACGCGAGCUCUGUUGGCCCGGUUCCGCAAGCUCUGUGUGGCAGGCCGAUGCCAUCUUGUCGAGCCGGCCAUUGCACGUGCACACGCGCAUGAGAGGAUCCAGCAGGCAGGCCCUGUCUACAUGCGAGAUAUCAAGUGUUCACCCAGAACGCUCCGCUUCCAGUGUCCGGACUGCCCCAGUGUCUUCACGACUCGGGCUGCAGCUUCGGCCCACCGCUCCAAGGUGCAUGGGCACAAAUCAGCCGCUGCGCAGGCUUUUGGCACGGCUUGCGAGGUUUGCCGCAGACAGUUUUGGAGCACAGGCAGGCUCUCAGAACAUUUCCGCAAAUCUGCGCGAUGUGCCGCGAUCUACCGCGAGUCAGAUCUUGCCGGCACGCAGGCUGAGGUCCUUGCAGACAAGCGCAUGCCCUGCUCUCAGCUUGUCGGACCCCAGCAGUGGUGGGCAACCCUCGACCACCCUCCUCUUGAACCACUUGUCCAGCCUCCCAGCGCAAUUGAUCCGCUGCCUCGUCUCCUGGCACUCGUCCAGACUGAGCAGCUCCACUCCUUCUUUCAGCUCUUUGCGUGUUCGGUAGAGGCGCACGGCUAUGACGAAGUCCUUGCUGUGCUUAGGACAGUCCCCGAGGGCUCAGACUACUGGCGUUUGGCCGUGUCUGUUGUUUCAGUUUUGGAUAGCAGCAAUGAGCUGCACCACUUUUCGGAGGGUGCGCUUGCUGCUGUGUUUCAGACCGGAGCUUUGCUCUAUGGUCCGAAGGACGCGGUACGCAGUGCUGUAGCAGGCGACUGGCCGUCCCUGUAG